AUGGUCGGGACCCUAACAUGUUUUCAUAUCCUAACCACAAAUUUUACAGGAAACGAUACGAAAGCUAUGCUGAACAACAAAGGGCCACGCUACAAGAGGAGUACUUUGGAACGACUGACGAAUUUGGACAUCAUAUGGUGCGUUGUGAUCCUUCUAGCACUAUGUAUCACCGGUGCAGUGCUUUCAGGAGUGUGGAUGCGAAGUUUUUCUUUGCCGUACAAGGUGCCGUUCUUCACAUGGUCUGAAAUGCCAGGCGGCACGGAAUUUCGUCCGUCCUUUGAAAGUUUUUGGAAUUUCUGGUCUUUUAUCAUUGUUUUACAGGUUCUCAUUCCGAUCUCACUUUAUGUUUCUAUUGAAUUUAUCAAAGUUGGGCAAGUAUGGUUGAUUUCUCAAGAUCUAAAUAUGUAUUACGAGAAGGUCGAUAAACGGGUGCAGUGCAGGGCUUUAAACAUCCCUGAAGAACUUGGGCAAGUACAAUACAUCAUGUCAGAUAAGACGGGGACACUUACGGAGAAUCAGGUA